ACAAAACAUGUUCUGCUAUUCGCAGGUUUUCCUUUCUAGUUGCAAUGGUGAUGAUUCAUAAAUAUAAAAUAAUUAAAUCAUUGUAUUCUUAAAGAAUUAUUUAUAAAGAAAAUGGCUCCUGAGACAAGCGUGACUGUCAUGAAGGACCCUCAAAGUUAUGUUCGAUCCUUAGCUCUCACUGCUAGUGCUGUUACUGUGGAUAGACGCAUUCCUAUUCGGCGGUAUUUUCGAUCUGGUUCAGAGAUGCUAAAAAUGGCAAAAAUGUAUUUAGAUGAAGGACAACUUGAAAAUGCUUAUAUUUUAUAUACAAAGUAUACAACGUUAUUCAUUGAACAGAUACCAAAGCACCCAGAGUAUACAACAUUAACUGACAUAGAAAAAAUUGAUCUACGAAAGAACUUGGAAGCAAUAUUUGUCAUAGCUGAAAAAGUGAAAGCUUCUCUUAUUGGAGCUUAUUCAAAAAAAUAUGAAAAAUGGAAAGAAGAAAGGGAAAGACAAGAAGCAGAAGAGAGACUUAGGCAAAUACAACUACUUGAAGAACAACAAAACAAAUUAAAGGAAUUGAAAUUAAAAGAGGAUUUUGAAAAAGAAAAGAGUUGGAGGUUAGCUCAAGGAAGGGAAAUGCUAAGAAAUAUGGAAGCUGUUUAUCCUGAAUCUGUAGAAAUAAUUGAUUCCUAUGCCUUUGAUGACAGUGUAGAUCAGAGAAGUAAUAUUAGUUCUCAUAUAUCUGCAUAUACUCCAUCUCCUUCUAUCAAAGAACAAUCUAUUCCACCUGCAAUUGAAAACCGAGCCAUUAGCAUGCCUUCUUUUGAUCGUAGCACAAAGCCUCGCUCUCUUCUGAGCCCAGGUCCUGAUUCUGCAUACGUCCAUGGUUUGAGAAUUGUUAUUGUGCCUUCAAAAGGAAUUGAUACAUUUUUAAGCCUUGCUAAACAAAACACAGACCGCAAUGUUGAAACCUGUGGAAUACUAGCUGGGAAAAUGUCCCAUAACCAAUUAAUGGUUACUCAUCUCCUAAUUCCUAAGCAGACUGGAACAUCAGACUCUUGUACAACAGAUAAUGAAGAGGAUAUCUUCAUGUAUCAAGACAAACAUGAUCUUAUCACUCUAGGUUGGAUUCAUACUCAUCCUAGUCAAACAGCUUUUAUGUCUAGUGUUGAUCUGCACACACAUUGUUCUUAUCAGUUAAUGAUGCCAGAAGCCAUAGCAAUUGUAUGUUCCCCAAAAUAUGAGAAGACAAGUAUUUUUUCCUUAACUCCUAAUUAUGGCCUGGAUUACAUCUCGCAGUGCCAGCAGAAAGGUUUCCAUCCGCAUCCUAAUGAACCAGUGAUUUAUGAGGAAAGUGUCCAUGUGAAACUGGAUAAUCAUGUAGCUGUAAAUGUUAUUGAUCUCAGAAAGUGAAAUAUUCUAUAUAUAUAUAUAUAUUUUAAGAUUUAUCACUAGUAUAUUAUCUUUGAAAUAGUACUAAAUCAUUAAUUUCCAGCACAACUGCUCAGGAAUUAUAUGAAACAUUAUUGAACAAGAAUUCUCCAGGUAAUACUGUAGAAUAGGGAUAGGUAUGCAAAAUUUUCUUCUAAUCCAUGGAUCAAAAAUUGACUCAGAUCAAUAUAUUUAUUCAAAGAAUUAAAAUUAUGUAGAUUGAUUCAUCCUUAAGAAUUAUUUUGUUAUUUUUAAAAAAAGCUUAUUUGUAUAUAUUAAAUCUGGUGUUUGUGCUUCAUGCAAACACAUUUUUGCCAUUCAUUUAUUUAAAUGCAUUGAUUUGACUUAUUGACUAACAAAAUGUGUCUAAAAAUGUGAAUAAAUAUGUGUUUGGGUUCAGUUUAUCAUGUUAUGUGACUUGAUUGUUAUUAAUUUGUGUUUUAUGAACAUGCAUUUCAUAUGGGUUGUAAAAACGUUUAUGAUAGAGACAAUUUUCAUAUUUUAUUAAAUAUUAAAGAGUUCUGUGAAAAAGUAUGGUGUCACAAGUGGAAAAUAUGUAGAAUUGCUAUAGGGUUUUGUCAUAGAAUUGUGUUUCAGUUCCUAACUAGAAAAUUGAAUCAAGUACAAAUAUUGUACCCUUUGUGUUGCUGUAGUAAAAGAAAUUGUUUAAAUAUUGUAAUUAUGUAUGUUUGAAAUUAAAUUUGUGUUAUUUUGUCAGUCAUUCAAAAAAAUCAUAUUAAAUAUCAUUUUGACAUUACAUAUUGAUAUAGAAUUGUUAAGGGUGUCUUAUCAUAAAUUUCAAUUUUGGUUUUGAAAGUCCCAAACAAGUAACAAACUACUAUCUAAGAGUACAAAUGUCUUUUUUGUCAAAUUUAAAGAAAAAUUCUUAGGAUUCAGCUCUGAGCAUUUUGGGGUUCUGGAUAAUAAAUAAAAAUUUAAAAUGGCAUUUUUUUUUCUUAAAUUAAAUUAAAUUGAAAGAAAUGUUUUUAUUUUAUUUGUGAAGUUUUUCUAAUGCUUACUGGAAAAUUAAUGAUAAGACUAAAUGUUUAUAUCUUCAUGAAACCAUGAAAUGUAAAAUGUUUCAUGUAACUAAUUUCUGCACUUAAAUUAAUAAAUGACUGUUCUGUGUUCAUAUUCAUAAUUAUAUAGAGAAAUAAAUUAAUAACAUUUGGGAGUAUACAUUGCAUUUAAGAAUCAAGGCAUUUUUUUUUUUUCAUUAAGAUGCCUUGCAUCUAUUAAUAAAUGUUAUUUUUUAAACAAAUUUUGAUAUUCAGUUUAUGGACAGAACUUUUUUCACUGGUUAAAAAUUUUAAGUGCUUUUAAUUAUUUUUAUUGAUUAAAGUUUCUCGUUCUUUUUUAAAAUCUUAUAUUUUAAGUUCAAAAUGGUAUUUAAAUUGAAAUCUCAAUUUUUGGGGAGGUAGGGAGGGAAUCUUUUUUAUUAUUACUAUUAUUAUUUAAAACAAAGAAAACAGACACCCUGUUGUUAUCAUUUAAUUUUUGAAUAUUUUUUUAGGACUAUUAAUUAUUUAUUCACAAUUUAAAUAAUUCUUUUAUUCUUAAAAUCUUAUAGACCUGAGAAUUUUUAAAUGAAUUUAGUUAGAACCAUUACUUUAGAAGUAGAUUUUCAAUACAGGGUAUUUAAAGUAGGAAAUGCUAAAAUGCUCUUUUAACAAUUUUUGAUAUUUAUUUUAGAUUGUUUGAAAUAGCAUAAUAAUAAAAUUAUAUUAUCUAGAAAGAAUUAAGAACUUUGUUGUAGUGUAUAAAUAACAUAUUUUAAUUAUCUAUAUGUAUGAAUCUUUAUUUUUUAAAAUUAAUGGCUUCUUAGAAAAGAUGAUUAAAAAGUUAUGGUAAAUAUUUAAUUACUUUAUUUGUAUAUAUUAUAUAUUUUUGUGUUGAAAUAUCUUUAUAAAUUUUAUUAUUUAUUGAUGAUGAGCUAAAGAUGUUUAUAUUAAUGUAUAUAUAAAGGAUUUGGGAAAAAAUAUUUUCAUAAUGAGAAUAGAAAGUGUAAAUUAUCUUAAUUACAAUUUUGAUAAAAUGAAGUGUGUGAGAUUAGUAGACUGGAACUAUUAUUUAUUUUAAAAAAAUCAUUUCAUCGACUUUAAAUUUUCAAUAAAAAUUAUUUAAAAUAAAUGUAAAUGGGAAUGUAGAAUUUAUAAUGUAUGCUGAAUUUUGAUUGACGAAAAGAUUAAUAUUAAGAUGUUUAUCAUUUUUCAGUUUCCUGUGGCUCAUAAUUUAUUACUAUAUUUUUAUACUCUUAUCUAAUAAAUUUGUGAUAUCAUUUAUCUAUCGGUUUGCUUAUGUUAAGUACAGAAGAUAAAUUUAAGAGAUUUCUGUUAUGUGAAAUUCCACUAUUGUAUAUGCUUGAAAGAUUGGUUGGUGUGGGUGAGGAUGUGCAUUCCAGCAAAACUGUUUUGUGAAUUAUUUCCAUGUAUUUGUUUACUUAUAAAUUGUAUAAACAAAAUGUUUUUAAGAAAAAGCUUCAAUAAAUUAAAAAAAAAAAAACUAAUAUGAUACUAGAAAAUAACUUAUAAUAAUCUAAAAUUUUCAUUGAAUAUUUUCCUUGGUAUAAAUUUAUUUUUUCAACACAUCAUUCAGAUUAUUUCAAUAUAUUAUAUCACAUGUGUUUUAAGUGGCAUUUCAUCUAUACACUAAUUAAUUUCUUCAAAAUAAAAUUCUAUAAAAUAUCUUUUAAACUUAAGUUUUUAAAAUUUUAUAUCAAAGGUCUUUUUAAAUGUGGGUGCUAUAAUGGGCUUAUGUCUGUUGUAUAAUCUUGAGAAUACUGACUCAACUUUAGGAAAUACUGGUCUUUACAAUUUGUUAUUUUCUUCUAAAUGAGAGAUUGGGAGGAUGGCUACAAACAAUAGAUAUUCCAUUUUUGUGUAAUCACACCACUAUUUUUUUUAUACAAUGGUACAAAUUGAUACUAAAAAAAGAACUAAAUUUAACCAUGUAUAUUGGCUUAAACAGUGAGUCUAUGAUAACUUUUGUUCAUCAAAUGCAUUGUAUCCUUACGUAUGUACCUGGAAAAUUUUCAGAUUUAUUUCUAACCUAUUAUAUUUUAUAAAGAUAACCUUAUGGUAUAAAAAAUAAUGUCUAUAGGAAUUUCAGGAAAACAAAAUCAUUAGAAAUUUAUUUGAACAUGUUUGUCCCUCCUCCUUCUGUAUUUAAACAUAAUGCAUUAUAAAUUCAGUUUUAAAGCAUAAGAAAAUGCUCCAAAGUUAAAAGUAUGGAUGAAAAUUAAUACCUACCACGAAAAAGGAAUUACUAUCAACUUCCAUUUCGAUAAAUUUAUACACUUAAUUGCCGAGAUAAUUUGUCUAAAAUAUUUCUAGAUUGGAUUUUAGUUUGUGCUUUAUUCUCUUUCAAAACAUUUGCUAUCCAUUUUUUUUUCCUAGAAUUAAUUUGCAUGUAUGAAAUACUUUUCUUUUAAAUCUGUUCCUAUUUCAUAAAAAUAAAGAAAUAUAUUUAAGACUCUGAAAAAUGUAAAAUACUAUGUCUGAGCUGUAUUACCAUACAAGUUGUCAUGUGUAAUUUUGAUUCAUUAAGUAUAUGUUGAUAUGUAAAAUUUUACUAAUUUUUAUUAAGGCUGAAAAACAAAAAAAUGAUUUGUAUUUGUCAUCCUUAUUAAAGAGACCACAUAACUGAUCUUAUUUAUUUAAAAAUGUAAAGCUUUACUGCUACUAAUUAACUUUUUAAUACAGUAUUUUUUUUUUUAAACUCUGACAAUCUUACUCUAAACUUCUGUAUAAUAUUUUAUUAUACAAGGUAUAUGAAAAAUAUCUUUGAAAUUUUAUUUUUUGGCAGCACUUCAAUGUUGAGCACAAUAAAUAAUAAAAAUUUCAGUCCAAUUCUGUGAAACAUCAGAGAAUCAAUAUUUUGUCAAAAAUUCUUAUACCCUGUAUUGUAAAUUACCAGUCUUAAAUAAGGUAGCUUCAAAAACUAUGAAUUUUUUUUUUUUUUCCCCUAAGUAAACUUGCAACAUUUCUCUGACAAUACAAUUACUAAUUAUAUUAGUUUCCUGACUAUCUAUUCAGAAUCACUAUAUGAGUUACUUAAUAUGAAAAAGAAUAUUUUCAUUAAAUUUAAUUUUAAAAAUAAGAAUGAAUAUCUUAAACUAUUAAAACAGUAUAUUAUGUUUCUUAUAUGGGGGAAGCUGAAAAUAUUUACAAAAUGUGCAUAAUAAUUCUAAGAAAUGUUAGAAGUAUCCUUUACAAUACAAGUUAAAUUGUUACACAGUAAAGAUUAUUACGAUCUUUGCUCAGAAUUUAAAAAUAGAUCAAUAACUAAUUAGAGCUCUUUGCAUAAGUAUCAGAAAUAUAUUGCAGCAUACAUAUAUAAAAAAUAGUUGUGUGAUUAUUUUACCUAAUAAUAUAUACCUUAGCAAAGAUUUAAAUAAAAGAACCUGACAAAAUAUUACAUGUUAAAAAAAAAAAGAUUGAAAGUAAUAAGAAAUUAUUUCCUCUAACUAAAAAUUUAUGCUUCCAUAAAUAAUUUUUUAGUUUCAAUAUAACUUUAACAGAUAGCAAAUGCUUUAUUUCAAUUUAAAUACAAAAAAAUUACAAAUAAUCAGUUAGAUUACUAAUAAAAAAAACAUUAGGUCUAAAACAAUCAAGUCUUCCAUUAGGUGAAUUUAAAAGUUACUGUUUGCAAAACUUCGUAACUAUUUCUUCCUUAACUCUUAAAACUUCAGGAAGCUGUCUCAAGAAUUUUCUUUUAAUACUCUGCUAGCCACCUUUUUUUUUUUUUUUUUUUUCCCCGCUGAAUUCCUUUUUAUCCUUAUGUUUGUUUCUUCUCUUUAUACACUUCAAAAUUACUUAUUCCCUUAUUGGAAGAGGUAUUAUUCAUUUCAGCAUUAAAAAGUAUAUAUAUUUGUUCUCUCAUAGACAGUAUUUAUUAAUCGAAAAUCCUGUCUCAAUAUUACUGUUUGCAAGGUGAAUCAUUACCAUACUUAACAAAAAUAUGGCAUCUAUGCAAGUGAAAACAAAUCUAUUUCAAAGUUUCAUUACUGUUGCUAUAAGGAACUUUUAUCAGCUUAUCAUUCUUCUUAUAAUAAAGUCACUAUACCCUUGAAAGAAAGCAGUCUAUAUGAUUGCUUUGCUCACAUUAGGUUUGGAAUGCAGAGAAAUAAGGCAAAAUUGCCCAUUGUGCACAUGCUAAGAACAAAAUGCUUUCAUCCACAAUUUCUCCUGAUUUUUAGAUAAUUUUAAGAAUUUAUUUCUGUCAAAGGUGGAUUUUAAUUUAUACUGCACUUGCAUUAGAUUUAAUUUCAUAAUAAAUCUUAAAAUAUGUCGUACAGUGAAGCUAUAUUAAAAUCGUGAAAGUAUCAACUCAUUGAUGCCACUUUGUGUUAUUUCAUUAAAAAAACUUUAAAGUGUUCUAGAUAUUUUUCAGAUACUUGUUACAUACCAAAUCUUGUUUUAUAUUUUAGAUGAACAUGCAAAAAAUAAAAAAAUUGUGAUUUCUUCUUUAACAUGGUUAAAAAAAAAUUAACAUUUCAAUUAGAAGGGGGAGGGGGAAAUUAAAAAUAACCAAUUUAUUUAAUGAAUUUAUGAAAAAUACAUACAAAUUAUGUAUAACUUGGAAAUUGAUUUCUAAGAUGAGCAAUGUUUAAAAUCUAAUUUGCCUGUGAUAAUUUUUUUAUAUCUAGAUUUUGCUUGAUGAAAAUCAUUAAAACACUCUUUCUUAUGUAAAUUUUGAUUUGUUAUAAAAUUUAUUUGCUUGCUGUGAUCUUUUUAUCUAGAGAAGGACAUUUAAGUAUGUGAUCUCUGAACUACCUUUCAUUUCCUUAGCCUGAAGUCUGUGCUAUUUUUUAAGACAAUUAUAUUUACAAGAGAAAAAGUGAGGCCUUAAUCUUUUGACUUUCUCUGUUUAUGUAAUU